AACGGAAUGGACACAGGACAAACAAUGACGUGUAAAGAGAAAUGACAUUUUUUUUAAUGACAUUUUUCCAGUUUAAAAGUCACUUAAAAAAUUUCCGUGAUGACCUUUCUCACCUCUAAGUGCACCGGCAACAAAUUCUUUUAAUUCAGUUUUAUAUUAGUACUAGAACGUACAAAUUCCAGUAAGAUGUCUGAAAAAAAUAUUCCAAAUGCGCUCAAAUUCCUUUUUGGUGGAUCAGCAGGGAUGGGGGCCACCUUAUUUGUCCAACCCCUGGAUUUAGUCAAGAACAGAAUGCAGCUCAGUGGAGUUGGUGGAAAGCCUAAAGAAUAUAAAACAUCUUUACAUGCUUUUCGAGGCAUCAUCGAAAAAGAAGGCUUUUUCGCUUUGUACAACGGUAUAUCAGCGGGACUCUUGAGGCAAGCAACAUACACAACCACGAGACUAGGUAUAUACACAUGGCUUUUCGACAUGAUGAAAACCGACGGGAAGCCUCCCAGUUUUGGAGUGAAGGCCGCCCUUGGUAUGGUCUCCGGAAUAUGUGGGGCUUUUGUUGGAACUCCAGCAGAGGUGGCUCUGAUACGAAUGACCGCGGACGGUCGUUUGCCCCCGAAUGAAAGGCGAAAUUAUAAAAGUGUUAUCGAUGCUCUGAUGAGAAUUUAUAGAGAAGAGGGCCUUCUCACUUUAUGGAGGGGGGCUAUACCUACGAUGGGUCGUGCUAUGGUUGUUAACGCUGCUCAGCUGGCCAGCUAUUCCCAAGCGAAGCAGUUGAUUGUGGAAAAGUUCAAAAUCGAAGAAGGUGUGUUGCUACACUUCAUAGCGUCUAUGAUAUCUGGUCUCAUUACCACUGCCGCUUCGAUGCCUGUUGACAUUGCCAAAACUAGGAUACAGAAUAUGAAAACCAUAAACGGUAAGCCCGAGUACAGUGGUCCAAUGGAUGUAUUGGUAAAAGUAGUCAAGAAUGAAGGACCAUUUGCCUUAUGGAAAGGAUUCUUUCCGUACUAUUUCCGUCUUGGGCCUCACACUGUCCUCACCUUCAUUUUCCUAGAACAAAUGAAUUCCUUCUACUACAAAAACGUGCUGGGCCAGAGCGGAAGAGGAGCACUUUGAAUAGUAGGACAAUCCAGUAAAUAGUCACAAACCUAGAUCAAAAACGACUUCAUGGUGGUUAUUUCUCAGGUUCACUCUGAAAGAACGCAUUUAUACAAAACAUUCAAGUCUUUUUGUCCUGUGUAAUUGUCCGAUUUUACCCUGGGAAAUUGAUCAUUGUGAAAUAUAUUUUAUUAACUAUAUACAUGAAAUAUCGAUGAAGGAAUAAUGAUGUCGGUGUCUUCUUGUUUUUUGGUUGUACCUUUUUUUUAUGGAAAACAUUCAAUUUUUUCAAUAAUUGUAUGAUGUACAAAAAUGUGUUAUUGUUGUUAUGUCUUAAUUUUUAUUGUCAGAAAAUCACGAUAAAAUCAAUUUUAUUUACAAGAGUUAUAACUGUGAUAUUGGCAGGUUUAAUAAAAGUAUGGCCAGAAAAAGUA